UCGAAAUCCCCCACGGGCCCGGGCCGAGCGCGCAGCGCGGUCGGCUCGCGCCCACACGCUCUCAGUCUCAGGCGGCCAGGCCGCGGCUCCUCCGGUCCUCCCCUCCCCUAUAAGACAACCCGCGCUGUCGCGCUCCCCUUGCCACUAGCCAUCAGGAUUCAGGACGUCGCUUCCACCCGUCGUAACGGCACAGGCAAAGCGGGCGACAAAGCGGAGACCGCCUUUGCGAGUGCCGAGUGCGCUCUCUUUUCUUAGCUCCAGCUAGCGGUGGGAUGCCGACGAGGCGGCGCGGAGGGUUCAGGCUCGGCCGGAAGCUGCUCAGCGUCUGGCGCUGGGCGCUCUGCCACCGCCGGCGCCGCCGCGGCCGCGGGUACCUCCGCCUGCAGCCGUGCCGGGGAAGCGGAGGCACCGACGGCGGCAGGUCGCCCCUGCUGGCCGCCGCCGCGGUGUGCGCCACCAGGAAGCAGCAGCAGCAGCAGUUCGUGGUGGGGCGCGACGACGAGUGCGCCUCCUCGCCGCGGAUGCUGACGUGGGGGCGGUCGCUGGCGCGGCGGAUGAGGCUCCUGCGCCGGCGCGGCGGCGGGAAGGACCGGCUGCUGGAGGACGCGGCGGAGGCCACCACGCCCAAGGGGCAGGUGGCGGUGUACGUGGGCGGCGCCGAGCCCGGGGAGUCGAUGCGGUACGUGGUCCCCGUGGUGUACUUCAACCACCCGCUGUUCGGGGAGCUGCUGCGCGAGGCGGAGGAGGAGUUCGGCUUCGAGCACCCCGGCGGGAUUACCAUCCCGUGCGCGGCCUCGCGGUUCGAGCGCGCCGCCGCCGUGGCCGCCGCGGGCGGCGGCGGGAAGAAGGUUCCCGGCUGGUGGUAGCAGUAGCAGCAGCACGUGGCCGCGCGCCAGUGGCCGGUGUACAUACACACAUGCCCCUCAGGAGAGGAGGAUCCCGAUCCAGCCCCAUGGGGAUCAUUGAUCCUUCUGCUUUUUUUUUCCACUUCUUCUUCUUCUCAUUAGUUUUGACUUUUUUUGGUUCCUUGCGCCCCGUUUCCUUGUGUGGAUUGAGCAUGUGCAUGGGAUGCGAGGAGGCAUAGCUAGUCUGAGAGAUGAACAGAGGAUAUUAUUUAGCUACUAGGGUCAGCAUGCAAAAACAUGUCCUGAUCCCCCCCAACUUGCAAGUCCAUGUUAGAAAGCAUCAAACUUGUACGUCAGGCGUGUGAUCUGGUGAUUCUCUUGCUUGUUGGAACUAACCCACAGAUCUGUCUCUA